UUAUAAGGAGGUAACUCUGUUCAUCUCAAACCAUCCCAACUUUCAAUUCCUAGGAGUCUUCUCUAACUUGGGUGACCAGUCCUUCUUCUGGUCACACUUCUUCACUGACCAUUUUGAUUGCCGCUAGGAAAACACCGUUGCUCCUUCACUUCUUUCAUCCUACACGCUUUUUAAUCUACAACUUGAUCCCUUAAGUAAAAAGUAGGCAUUAAACUGUUACAAAUGGCAUCUUCCUCAUGCAGCUCAAACUCCUCAUGGACAUCCAAGCAAAACAAACUGUUUGAAAAGGCCUUAGCUAAAUAUGAUAGUGAAACCCAAGACCGUUGGCAAAUGGUUGCCAAGGAUGUGGGGAAAUCUCCAGAAGAAGUAAAGAGGCACUAUGACAUCCUUGUUAGAGACAUUAAAAGUAUUGAGAAUGGUCAAGUUCCAUUCCCCUACAAGUCAUCUGGCCGCAAUGUCUAAACGACCAAACAAGUGAGGGCUAUCCUACCAUGUCUGUAUAAAAGAUGAAGGCAGAACUACAUCCAUUUUAUUCACUCCAAGGACGUUAUCUUGGGCAUUUUACAGUCGAUUUAAGUACAUUUCAAAUGAAUUUAGCUAUCAAUCAUGUAAUCUUUAAUGCUAUGAGCUAUGUAAUUGUGUGAUUUUUGUUUGUUUUUUGUUCGAUUGAGAUUGUCGGAGUCUAUGUAAUGUUGUCAUUAAGCAUUAAUGAACAGUAUGAAGUUGUUAUU